AGUAAUCAAAACAAAAGAAAUUUUAAAGCUUUGGUACUUUUGCAUUGUAGUUUUUUCAUAUUGAUAUGUGUAUAGAUUAGGAAGCAAAGAUACAAGCUUUUAAAGCUUUUGAUAGACCCAAAAGCAUAUAUAUAAAGAAGGAAAAAAGAGAGUUAAAAAUGGAGAUGGAGAGUGAAACAAAGCAAUCAAAAUUUAAGAGGAUUUGUGUGUUUUGUGGAAGUAGUCAAGGCAAAAAGAGAAGUUACCAAGAUGCAGCUAUUGAGCUUGGAAGGGAAUUGGUCACAAGGAACAUUGAUUUGGUCUACGGAGGAGGUAGCAUAGGAUUGAUGGGUUUAGUUUCACAAGCUGUUCACAAUGGUGGUCGCCAUGUCAUUGGUGUUAUUCCCAAGACGCUCAUGCCUCGAGAGUUAACUGGUGAAACAAUAGGGGAAGUGAAAGCUGUUGCAGAUAUGCAUCAAAGGAAGGCAGAGAUGGCUAAGCAUUCAGAUGCUUUCAUUGCCUUACCAGGUGGUUAUGGAACUCUUGAAGAACUACUUGAAGUCAUUACUUGGGCUCAGCUCGGAAUUCAUGAUAAAUCAGUUGGCUUGUUGAAUGUUGAUGGAUACUAUAACUCAUUGCUUUCCUUUAUGGAUAAAGCUGUGGAAGAAGGGUUUAUUAGUCCAAGUGCACGCCAAAUCAUUGUAUCUGCACCCACAGCAAAGGAGCUAGUAAAGAAAUUGGAGGAAUAUGUCCCCUGCCAUGAAAGAGUUGCUUCAAAGUUGAGUUGGGAGAUGGAACAGCUUGGUUACUCUAAAACAUAUGAUAUAUCUAGGUAAUUGCUUUGGAAGAGAAGGAUAGAUGGAAUUUGGAAGGAUAUAAUUAAAAAAAAAAACCUUCAAUGGGGUAAUUAAUUUUUGUAAAUUACUGUUAUUGACAUCAAUAUAUGAAUUCCAGCCUUCUCUUUUAGUGGAAAAAAUAUUUUAUUUUACAUUGUAAGUACUAAAAUUAUGACCGAUUAUGUUGUCGAACUCUUUAAAUUUUCAAGUAUUUAUAUGAAUAUAGAGGUGUGACUUUACAA